UGGUGUUGGUCAUAUAAAAAGAGUGCCAGAGAUUGCCAGAGCUUUUCCUCACCGAAAGCAAAGCAUGUACGGGAACACGACCUGAGUUACGAUUGUUGUCAUUUUUUUCCAUACAAUUUUUUUUUACUGUGUCAACGUCUCUGUAGAUAAAACACACACACACAUAUAAUACACAGUUACAAAACAAAACAAAUAAUAAUAGCAAUAUUAUUAUUAAAAUAUUUAUAACGAAAUAAGAAUUAUGACUUUUUACGUUAAGGACCCAUUUUCAUUGGAUGAUGAAUGCAUUCUUACAAAGACUCUGAAGAGCAAUGAAGAGCUUGAGUCUCUUACUGUUGCAGAAGAUUUGUCUGAUAUUGACCGAGCUGUUUAUAUUUUACAGCACAAAGCCUGGAAUUUUGGGGGAAGGGGCCAGUUGAUUAGAUCAUCCCCAGUAUGCAACUGGUACUUAAUUUAUCAACCCCGAAAGGAUAAAAGGCAAAGUCAACCUCGGUGGGCACCAGUUUUAUAAUAACAAAUGAAGUUACAUUUAUAAAUUUGUGUUGCAAGAUUCUUGAUGUGAAACCAUGUUUUGAAACAUUGUUUUAUUUCAGGAUGGUAAUUUUCCUUCUUGCCAAAUAA